AUGGAGAAUGGACCACAAGUUGGGACUGAGCUUGCUUGGAGACUUGAGGCCUGGGUAACUCGAUUCACCUGUGGUGGCUUUGCUUUGGGAAUCAGAUUCAACCACACUAUGGCAGAUGGCUACGGGGUGUUGUCUGAGAAUUUCCGUCGGUGUACAAGAUUCGACCUAAUAACAGCAUGCUUAUGGAAAUGCCGCACUAUUGCACUAAAUCCGGUUGAUCCGGAAGAGAUGGUACGUAUUUCAAUUGCUACCACUGCGCGUGGCAAGCCGGGGAUACUGGAUAUACCAACAGGAUAUUACAUCAAUGUAUUCACAUAUCCGGCAGCUGUAACCAAGGCAGGAACUCCAUGCACAAGUCCAUUAUCAUAUGCAGUUCAUUAG